UGCGGCUGAAGAAAACGCACGGCGGGGAAUCAACGCACCGGAGUGCACCGGACGCACCGUUUGACUCUCUUCUUCCCGCCAACCAUGGCGAUCUGCAGACGUGGAACCACUCCGCAACCUUUCUGCACGUGUCGUACUCACAUGAACACCAGCCAUUGAAAUUAAGCACGAAUGGCCGACACCCUCUCUCUCAUCUGCGCUUUCCUUUCUUAUCUUCCUCUCGUCGUUUUUCCUGAUUUUUUCUAAAAUUGAAAAUUUUUGACAAAAAUGCCUUACUGCAACGUUAGCAAGGAGAGAUCGACGGAGGACAGCGGAAUCGGGACGAAUAUUUUCUAUAGGAGAUUCGGUUGCGGUGGCACCAAAAUCCUUCUCAUUAUCGGUCUAGCUGCAACGCACGAGGCUUGGGGUCCGCAGAUUAAGGGAUUGACGGGUGUUUGUGAGCCAAACGAUGACGAGGAGGCGAUGCCGGCUGAGACCACCGGGGAUUGUUCCGACAAGAUGGGGGAGGCCGCUGAUGGGAUCGAGGUGUGCUGCUUCGAUAACCGCGGGAUGGGCCGGAGCUCUAUUCCUUUAAAGAAAUCGGAGUACUCAACGGAUAUCAUGGCCAGGGAUGCCUUGGCUUUGCUGGACCAUCUGGGAUGGAAGAAAGCUCAUGUUUUCGGUCACUCAAUGGGUGCUAUGAUAGCUUGCAAGUUGGCAGCAAUGGCGCCUGAAAGAUUGCUUUCAUUGGCUUUGCUUAAUGCAACAGGUGGAGGGUAUGAGUGCUUUCCAAAGGUUGACCGUAAGAUUAUAUCCAUAGUAUUUCGUUUCCUAAGAGCAAGGACUCCACAGGAGAGAGCUGCUGUUGACCUGGAAAUGCAUUAUACCAAGGAGUAUCUUGAUGAAUGUGUUGGAUUAAGUACAAGAAGAAAAGUUCUUCAUCAAAAAUAUGUUGAGGCAAUAUCAUCAUCUGGAAUGCAAUGUAAGAAAGGGUUCGAGGGGCAAGUUCAUGCAUGCUGGAAUCACAAAUUGACAUCCAAAGAGCUUGAUGCAAUUCGUUCCGCGGGGUUCCUGAUAUUGGUCAUCCAUGGCAGGCAUGAUGUUAUUGCCCAGCUAUAUCAUGCAAGGAAACUUGCAGAGAAGCUUCAACCAGCUGCAAGAAUGGUAGAACUCCAUGGUGGUCAUUUAGUGAGCCAUGAAAGACCAGAAGAGGUCAAUGCAGCUUUAAUGGAGUUGAUAGAAGCAACUAAAACAAAGAUCUUAAUAGAAGAAUGGUCAAAUUUACCCAUAGCUGAAUCCGUUAAAUGCGGGUGGCAUGUUUUGAGGAGGCCUAUGAUCAUCUUGAACUUCAUCACCCCAAAUAGAGAAAGCUAUCUACAAACCACCUAUAACUUUAUGGAAAAGCUGCAACUCAGCUUCCUCUAUGUUUUAGGAAUUUUUAUAAUGGGAUUUAAUCAUAUGAGAAAUGCUUUCAGCAUAUUAUUGAAGCCAGUCAGGGUUUCAGUGUCGGAUUAAUGGAGAUAAAGGCGAAAAUCUCCUGCUUGUAUAAGGUAACAUCAAAUGAGUUAUGUACUCCCUGUAAUUCUAAUAAGCUUUAUAAUCACUCAUUAGUGGUUUCAGUGUCGGAUUAAUGGAGAUAAAGGCUAAAAUCUCCUGCUUGUAUAAGGUAACAUCAAAUGAGUUAUAUAUGUACUCCCUGUAAUUGCUUCUAUUUUAGGAAGAAGUGACGCAUA